AUGUCUGAUGAGCCAUGUCUAGAAAACUACACGAUUGGCUGGAUCUGUGCUCUGCAGGAGGAAUACGAGGCAGCAUGCCGCAUGCUUGAUGACGAAUUCGAGGGUCCAGAAACAAGUGACAUAAAUGAUAAUAACGCCUACGUGUUUGGUUGUAUUGGGGAACACAAUGUGGUCAUUGGCUGCCUUCCAGUCGGCCGAUGCGGUAUCAGCUCAGCUGCAGUCGUCGCUCGAGACAUGGUCCGGUCAUUCACUCGCUUGAGGUUCGCCUUGCUAGUAGGCAUCGGUGGAGGCGCCCCGACGCCAGAGAGAGACAUCCGUCUUGGCGACGUGGUGGUCAGUGUACCACAAGGCAAGCUAGGAGGAGUAAUACAAUAUGACUUCGGGAAAAGGCUAUCGAAUGGUCGUUUCCAGCAGACAAGCCAGCUGAACUCUCCUCCAGAGGUACUGCUGGGAGCGAUUCGCAAAAUGUGGCGCCUGCACAACGACCCGAAAAAGCCAGAUAGGUUAUCAGAGCAUAUGAAGCUUAUGGAUGAUAUGCCUGAGUAUCAACGUCCUGCAGAAGACCGACUUUACCGUGCCGACUAUGAGCAUAAGGGUGGAGUAACCUGUACCAGUUGUGCGACAAACGGACUCGAGGAGCGACUACUGCGAAAGACAAAACGAGCAGUCACUGUCCACCAUGGCAUCAUUGCAUCUGCAAACUCAGUCAUGAAGAAUGCUGAGGAAAGGAACCAAUACGCUCAAGAUCCAGAACUGAACGUCUUAUGCUUUGAGAUGGAAGCUGCCGGUUUAAUGAACAACUUCCCUUGUCUAGUGAUCCGGGGAAUCUGUGAUUAUUCAGAUUCACACAAGAAUAAUGAUUGGCACAGAUACGCCGCACUAACAGCGGCUGCUUAUAGUAGAGAGCUUCUCCAUAUUCUGAAACCCCAAAACGUCACCGCACAGCCGUCAUGGGCUGGCAAACUUGAAGAUAUCUUAUCAGAAUUGGAUACAAAGGUCAAUCGGCUUUCCGAUGGCAUUGAAGACAUGCAGUCUCGACAGCUCAAUCAGGAGUAUCAGGCUAUCCUCGAUUGGUUUACUCCAAUUGACUACGGCACUCGACAGAGUCACUACUUUGGAAAUAGCCAACAAGGAACUGGCCAAUGGUUUCUGGAAUCCGCAAAGUAUAGGGAGUGGCUAGAUGCGGACGGCAAAACACUACUCUGCCUUGGUAUUCCGGGGGCCGGGAAGACAAUAUUGUCGUCGAUUGUGAUUAACAAUCUUCAAACGCGAUUUUCUGACAACACCAAGAUUGGGGUCGCCUACAUCUACUACAAUUUCCAGCGAAAAAACGAGCAAGGAAUUGAUGAUAUACUGGCGAGUGUGUUGAAGCAGCUAACUCAAUGCUUAUUGUCCUUGCCAGACAGCAUUGAAAGUCUUUACAAACAGCACAAUACUAGACGAACGCGGCCAUCCCGGGACGAAAUCUUGGGACUUCUUCAUUCAGUAUUGCCGAUUUAUUCGAGAGUCUUCCUCGUCGUUGAUGCACUUGACGAAUGUCGAGCAUCAGAUGGAUGCCGGAAGAGAUUCGUCUCGGAGCUCUUCAACCUUCAGAUCAAGUUCGGAAUCAACAUUUUUGCAACGUCGAGGCACAUUCCAGAGGUUUUAAAUCACUUUAAAGCCAGGUUAUCAAAAGAGAUUGAGAUUCGUGCAAGCCCCGAAGAUGUGACGAGAUACCUAGAAGAUCGCAUAGGGUACCUACCAACUUGCGUCCAGCAGAACCGACAGCUGCAAGAAGAUAUUACGACGUGCAUCUCAGAAGCUGUGGAUGGAAUGUUUCUAUUGGCGGAACUCUAUCUUGAUUCGCUUGUUGAUAAGCUAUCACCAAAUGAUAUUCGGAGCGCAAUGGAGACUUUUCGCAAGCAAAGUCAAGGAUCUGGCGAACAUCAAAGGAUUCAAGUUCUCAAUCUUGCAUACGAACAAUGCAUAAGGAGGAUUUACGGACAGAUGCCAGGAAUGAAGACACUUGCGAUGAGAGCCUUAUUAUGGAUCACGUGGGCGAAACGACAGCUAACCAUGUCAGAACUUCAGCACGCCCUCGCAACAAAGACAGGAAAGUCUGAGUUUGAUCAUGGGGACCUGACUCCCAUCGAAGAAAUUGUCUCUGUUUGUGCUGGACUGGUAACUGUUGACGAGGAGAGCGGUAUUAUUCGCCUUGUUCACUAUACAACACAUCAGUAUCUCGAGCGAUCGUGGGAUUUCUGGUUCCCACAUGCAACGGUUGAGAUCGCUACCAAACCUAGCCCUAUUCCUACUGGGUCGAUGACACUUACGCUUGAGGAACGUGGCCAGAUGGCUGGGCUAAUUGAUCACACAAAACGGGAGUACCUCGAGUGGACUCAAGGAAGCUGGAGCCCGAAUGCUAUCGCAGCGAUCGCGACAUCAUGCUUCACUUACCUAUUGUUCACGGAUUUUAAUGUUGAAUUUUCGAAUUUCGACGAAUGUUUACAACCUGGAAAAUAUGGUGAAACACCUUACCCACUUUUGAAUUAUUGCGUGGAGUAUAGUGCCCAACAUGCUCGUCUCGCCACGCCGGAGCCGCCUUUUGUCACACACUUCUUCUUGUCAGAGUCCAAUAUCAUAAAAAAUUGGUUAUUAUUAGCAGCGAGGAAUGGAGGUCCCCAUGCAGAAGCUACGACAGAAUGGCUUAUCGAAAGAGGAGCUUGCAUUGACGUAAAGGAUUCGGAAUGGAAAACCCCUCUACACCACGCUGUCCUCAACGACUGGAAGCGAUGCGUGCUGCUCCUGUUACAGCGACAAGCGAGUCUAGACCCAGACAGUGACAAUAUGACUCCUUUCCACUACACUGUCAUGAACAAUAAUCAAGAAGUAGCUCAAAUCUUUCUUGAUGCCGACACACCGGUAGAUUUAACGGUUAGGCGAAUCGAUAUCGCCAAAAUGUUUCAAAAUGGCCGGGCAACCUAUCAUGUUCAGGAUAGCGCGCAAGAACCGACACCAAAAGGUUCUACGAAGGUAGGCUUGACAAGCCUACACCUCGCAACCUUAACGGGCUGCCGAGAGAUGACCAAAUUCUUAUUGGAGCGAGGUGCUAAUCCGAAUUAUGCUUCGGACUACGGUGAGACACCGCUGCAUCUUGCCCUCAAACGAGAUCUGUCUGGGCCACGAUGUCUUACCAAUCCCGAUUUUUGGAAAGAUUUAGAUAAUCGAAUCGAGUGCAUAUUUGGUUAUCUGGAGGAGGAGGAGGAACUUCUUUCUGCACGGCUUCGGGUCGAUGAAGUCAGAUUAGAAAUCAUCAAUCUUCUUUUAAAACAUCCUGGCAUCAAUGUCAACGCUCAGGACACAGCUGGCGUUUCUCCUUUGCACAUCGUGUCCGGUGGCGGACGUGCUUCCAAGUUUUUGAUCCAGAAGCUAUUAGGGGAAGGUGCGAGAGUUUCAAUGCGGACGAAUAAGGGAAAAACACCUUUACACGUCGCCUGCCGCGCUGGAAGCAUUGAUGAGCUUACGAUUCUCUUGGAAUCUGGCGCAAACCCUACUGAAUGUGACGAGGAGGGAGCCAAUGCUUUGCAUUACGCUGCUCAACAUGGACAUGGGGAAACAAUACGGACCAUCUUGGCCCACAUGCCUGAGGGAACUCGAGAAGCAUUCACAAAUUCAAAAGACAAACGCGGCAAGAGCGCAUUACAUCACUUAUUCAAGAAACCCAAAGGGAUUGGAGGAGUCGAUAGCCUCAAAUCUCUAUUGGAAUUGUCGGCUGGCGUUAAUGAACUCGACCAGGCAGGCAUGUCGCCGACGGCUAUAUUCCUCAAGGCAAGUGCCUUCUUUCAAAGCGAUGAAGAUCCAGAGGUAUUGCGUCUUCUCUUUGGACAUGGCGCAGAUCCAAGUUUCGAAACAAAAGAAGGUCUAAACUUAGUACAUCUCGCCGCAAAAUCUGGCAGGGCUUCCACCACUCUGUUACGAAUACUAGCGAAUCAAAAGGUUGAUAUGAGGGCUAGGGAUAAGCAAGGACGAACUGCAUUCCAUCAUGGUGCUAUUAGCGGUAACCUUGCGAAAGAAGCACUGUAUUGUCUUCGUGACGAAUUUCAAUUGUCUACUCAGCUACUGGAUGAGCAGGGAAAGACGCCGUUAGCAUAUGCUAUUGAGAAGGGUCAGGAGUAUCGCCAUCCAAACAUGUUCAACCCAAACCGAUGGGCAAGGAUUCAAACGCUAUUGCGCGAAUAA